AAAAGGCGCUUGUCAACCGCCAAAUAAACUCAACAACAAAGAAGAAGAAGAAGAAGAACUGAGACGGAUAUAAUCAACCAAAAUGAUUGGAGAUCUUUUAAUUUUUGGCACCCUGCUAAUGAACGCUGGUGCUGUGCUCAACUUUAAACUAAAGAAGAGAGAAACACAGUCUCAAGGAUUUGGCGAUGACUCUGGAUCAUCCAGCACUGGUGAAAACAUCAGGGAGUUUUUGCUGAGUCUGCGGUACUUUCGCAUAUUCAUUGCCCUUUGGAAUAUUUUCAUGAUGUUUUGCAUGAUCGUGUUAUUUGGAUCAUAAUACAUGGCUGUUACUUUGAGGUUCUCUGCAGAUGCAAACUGUGGUCAUACAGCAUCAUGCAGAUUUCUUCUAACAAUGCUGUGCAAUAUACAUGUUUUUAUCUAAGGUCUUUCUAGACAUCUGUAUAUUUUGUACAAAAACGUGUGAAUAUUACUUUAUGGGGAUUAAACGGGGGUGGAACAAAUUGAAGUAACUUCAAAUAAUAAAAAAGUUUAGCUGUAUACAGUUAUGAGCUUUAAUAGGCUUCUUAGUAAGUGAUGUGAUGUUGUGCAUCGAGGCUUUGAAGCAUGUAUCAAAUCUCAAUGAUCGCAGUGAGCGGGGUACUGGAGCUUGAUUCAUUUUGCCAUAAUCAUAUGAUCAGUGACGUCCGAAGCUUCAUUUUCGCCUAUACCCACAUGACUGCUUCGAAUUUUGAUUCAAAGGUUUAACCACCUUUUGGUUAGUAAAGUGUAUAGCGAGAGAUUAGGUGUUGAUUACAUACAUUUCUGCUGUUUCGAAGUACUGCACCAGUCCCACACACCAGUAAUUCAACUGAAAUACAAUAAUAAUUCGUAGUAAAAAGCUUUUGGACUAUACUAAAGUCUGUUAUUCUUUAACUUAUUUCAAAGAAGGCCACUGCAUAUUGUAGUAAGUGUAACGGAGGCCAGCUGAGCUGGCGAGUGCAGCCCAUAAGCCUCACUCUGAUAGCCUCCCAUACAGGAACCAUCAGUUCACUCCCUAUUCAAAACAAGUGGAUAGGAGUAUGACAGACUGAAAUAUGAAAUAUCCAAUAUCUUGGAUUUUACUAGUCAACAAUAGUGUUAUAUAAAGCAUGUUAUAU